UUUCCGGUCGUGGCGGACACUUCCCGCGGAGGGACUGUCCCGUGGCACCUGGCAGGGUCGAGAGGACGCAGGGUCGGAGCAGCGGCGAUGGACGACCAGAGCCUGGACGAGUUCCGUCGGCGCUGGCAGGAGGAGCUGGCGCAGGCCCAGGCGCUGAGGAAGCGGCGGCGGCCGGAGGCUGCCGAGCGGAGGCCGCGGCGGCCCGAAGUGGCCCCUGGGCGCGGCGAGCAGGCCUCGGGGUACCUGGCGCUGGCCCAGGGCCUCUUGGAGGGCGCGGGACGGCCCCCGGCGCCGCGGGCGACCCGGGCCGAGAGGCAGGACGCGGCCAGCCGUUCCCGUUCCCCUCCCGCGCGUGAGGACGCCGGGCGCGGGGAGCAGCUGGUGGACCAGCUCAUCCGCGACUUGAAUGAAAUGGAUGAUGUGCCCUUCUUUGAUAUCCAACUACCUUAUGAACUGGCAAUCAAUAUAUUUCAGUAUCUGGACAGGAAAGAUCUAGGAAGGUGUGCGCAGGUGAGCAAGACGUGGAAGGUGAUCGCAGAAGAUGAAGUGCUCUGGUACAGGCUGUGCCAGCAGGAAGGGCACCUCCCUGAGAGCAGCAUCUCUGAUUAUUCUUGCUGGAAGCUCAUCUUCCAAGAGUGCCGAGCCAGGGAACACAUGUUAAGAACCAACUGGAAGAAUCGCAAAGGUGCCGUGAGUGAACUGGAACAUAUUCCUGAUGCGGUUUUAUGUGAUGUACAUUCUCAUGAUGGUGUGGUCAUUGCUGGAUACACAUCAGGGGACGUGAGAGUGUGGGACACCCGCACCUGGGACUAUGUAGCCCCCUUCCUGGAAUCAGAGUAUGAGGAGGAUGAGCCUGGAAUGCAGCCAUAUGUCUCCUUUGUGAGGAUAAACAGCUCGCUGGCGGUGGCGGCUUUUGAGGAUGGAUUUCUUAAUAUUUGGGAUCUAAGGACUGGAAAGUAUCCUAUUCAUCGUUUUGAGCAUGAUGCAAGAAUACAAGCACUAGCUCUCAGCCAGGAAGAUGCAACGGUUGCCACAGCUUCUGCUUUUGAUGUUGUAAUGUUGUAUCCCAAUGAAGAGGGAUAUUGGCAAAUAGCUGCAGAAUUUGAAGUUCAGAAACUGGUUGACUACCUUGAAAUAGUUCCAGAUACCGGAAGGUACCCUGUGGCAGUAGCCACUGCUGGAGAUCUGGUAUAUCUGCUAAAAGCUGAAGACUCUGCCAGAACCCUCCAUUAUGUCUACGGCCAGCCUGUCACAUGUCUAGAUGUCUCAGCCAACCAGGCUGCUUUUGGUGUGAAGAGUCUGGGAUGGGUGUACGAAGGAAACAAGAUCCUGGUGUAUAGCCUGGAAGCCGAAUGCUGCCUCUCAAAGCUGGGUAACGCACUUGGGGACUUCACUUGUGUCAACCUCAGGGAUAGCCCUCCCAAUCUCAUGGUCAGUGGCAACAUGGACAGGAGGGUGAGGAUCCACGACCUCCGCACAGACAGAACCGCCCUGCUGCUCUCUGCCCACCAACUUGGAGUCUCUGCAGUCCAGAUGGAUGACUGGAAAGUUGUCAGUGGAGGCGAGGAAGGCCUGGUCUCUGUGUGGGAUUAUCGGAUGAACCAGAAGCUGUGGGAAGUGCAUUCUAGACACCCUGUCCGUCACAUCUCCUUUAACAGCCACAGCCUCAUCACGGCCAACGUGCCCUAUGAGAGGGUGGUGCGCAGUGCCGACCAGGACAACUUCACCACGCACAGGAGGCACCGAGGGCUCAUCCAGGCCUAUGCGUUUGCAGUGGACCGGCUGGCCUUUCAGAGUGCUCUUCCCAUCUGCCGGUCAUCCCGGGACGCCAUGGCGGGGUACAACUAUGACCUUGCACUGGCUUUUCCCUGUGACGAUAAUUAGGGAACAGUAGCCUUAUUUGGGAGAAAUUAGGAAUUUUAAACCUACAGAGGAGCUCUGCACCAGAUUGAAACGUUUGGGGUUGGAGAAGGGUCCAGCUGACAACCCCACACAUCCCUGAACUGCCUUAGCUGCUUCUCCACUUCCGGUGAAAUUCCAUCCCACUCUGGUCUCUCUCCCUGGGCACUCAGUUCCCUGCCCCUUGGGGCUCUGAGUACCACACGCUGACUUGUGUUUAUACUUCCCUGCUGCCUCCCCGAGUGGCUCUACCAAACCACAGGGCCUUGCCGCAGGCCUCCCGCCGAGGCAUUCCUGCGGCCCACAGCCCCUCUGGGCCUGGCUGGCCGUCCUGCCUGUCUCCAGCCCUCUCCUCUCGGGGGGCCUUCGGAUGGGCUGGUGUCCGAGCUUCCUCGCAAGGCCCAAUAUCCACCCAGCUUGCGCAGCUGGCUCUGGGUGGGCAUCUUUGUCACCACUACCCUGUGUGAACCUGGACUAGCGCUACUUUUCCUCACAGGUUUUUCCAUGGUUAUAAUUAUAUGUUUAUACACUAUUUCAUUAAUGAAUUUGUUUCCUGUUGCAUCUAUAUAUGUGAUACAAAGUAGAUGUUUUCUACAUAUUCAUUGAAUAAAUAGCCAUCCUCCAAGUAGGAUGGCAGGUGAUUCUGCAAACUGUGCGCGUGAGGAGGCAGAGCUGUGAGAGGAGCCUUGCCUUGAACCACAGCAGCGGAGCGGGGCAGCACAAGAGAGCCGUCCAGUUUGAGCGGAGCUCCCACUUCCAAAGGAUUACGAGGGCAAACCUUUGCAUCGCUCUUGGUUUAGAUGCUCUAAGCAGCAGCCAUCUCAUAAACCUUCAAAAUAUCAAAGCAGAAAUGUGAUUACACUACAAAGGGACAAAAAGCCAUGCUCAUAGUAGGUGACCAGAUUAAAAUAGUAAAAAAAAAAAAAAACAAGCUAAACUUUCUAAGGAUUUACUAAAUUUACAGUCUUGAUCAAAUAGCUGUAGAAUUUUAUACCUCUUCAAAUGUUUGUAGGCCAUGCACAAAAAAUGACUGUGUGUGAAGACCACAAAGAUGGAUGGGAUACAGGCCAAAUUCAGUGACUCCAACCCCAAAUGCACUAAGAUUAGAAAUCAACAAAAAGAAUGAAAGCACAUACACAUUGGAAACCUGAAGUCACAUGGUUUUAGAGGGGGAACUCCCCAGACCAGUGACAGUGAGGGCACCGGGUAUCCACGCCCGGGGACGGAAGCCUGAGUGGGACUGAGGGAAGCUGUGGCUUUAACAGAAAAUAAUGACAGACUGAAAAUAACAAGGCUGAGUGGUCACCUUAGAAAGCUUUUAAAAAGGUAAUAGCCCAAAGAAAGCAGACAAAGGAGUCAAAUAAUGAAAUAAAAAACCAACAA